AUGACUUCUUCUGAAACAUCUUUGGGAAAUGAUGCCACGGACGAUGCGAACCAGAAAGAACCACAGGAGUUCCGUCAGGAAAACAGCGACUCGCUCAUGCGGAUGGUGACUCAAUACACCGAAUACUCUGUUUCUCACGUCAACGAAGCGAAUAUGAAUAACCAAGAGCGCGAGAACGACGAGAAAAUGGCAAAGGAACAGCAGGAGCCAGUCAAGACAGGCUUUCUGUCUAAGAAAUACGCUCAGCAGAGAAGAAAGUUUUUCAAGCAAUACAUAAUUAUUAUUGUUGUGCUAUGGACUUUCAUUCUGUGCGUGUUUUCAAUCUAUUGGGGCUCUUUGUAUAAUCGCGGCACUCGUUUGGUCAACCUGAAAGUGCUUUUGGUUGUUGAGGACGGCGCCAGCAUCGACAACAGCGAUUACCCGGUGUCGCAGGCGUUGCUCCGGGCAGCCGAGUCGCCGCAGCUGAAGCGCUUGCUGGGGUGGACUCCCCGUAACUACACAGACGAUGACUGGGUCAUUAACGAGGUCCGGAAACAAAAAUACUGGGGCGCAAUUUACGUCACCAGCAACAACGUUUCGCAGCAGCUGGUCCAGGCGCUGGAAAACGGACAGGAUUUCAACACUUCCACGCUCGUGAACGGCUAUUACGAAUCCGGUCGAGACCCCAUUGGGGUUAGCACCUACGUUGAACCAAGCCUGCUCAAGCUCGCAAUUGGCUUUAGCGACAUAAUGCAGCAGGAGGUGUAUCCAAGUCUUCUCUCCCAGUUGACGUCGGAGCAGUUUGCGCGCCUGCAAAAUAUCACGACUCUAUCCAGCACCCCGGAAAUUACACUGAAAGACGGCGUUCCGAUGACUGAUUACACAAUCAUUGCACCGGUCCAGGUUGGUCUGAUUUAUAUUGUCAUUCUUACAUUUUUCCAGGUCAUGUGGUUCCAGAGAAUCAAUCAGGAGGCCGCCGAAACGCUCAAACCAGUGAGUUAUAUUAUAUACCGGAUGGUGAUCGCGCAGGUAAAUUACUUGCUGAUUUCGCUCGGGUACAGCUGUCUGAAUGCCGCGUUCCAAAUCAAUUUCAACAACGCGUGGAAGGGUGGCUUUGGUGUCUACUGGAUGAUCUCGUACCUGACCAUGUCGGCAGUGGGAGGAGCCAACGAGAACAUUGCGCUGAUCUGCUUUGCUGUGCUGCCGCCGCUGAUGGGAUUCUGGCUGGUGUUGUUUGUCGUUUGCAAUAUCUCGGCCACUUUCUCGCCUGUCGAGGUGUGCCCGAAGCUCUUCCGGUUCACGUAUGCAAUGCCGAUCAAGAACUCGUACGAGCUCAUGAAGGUGCUUCUUUUUGACACCUACCGCGGACAUUUGGGCAGAAAUUUUGGGAUUUUGGUGGCAUGGAUCGUUCUCAACAAUAUCCUGCUUCCGUUCUGUCUGAUGUUUUUCAGUUGGUACAUGAAGCGCAAGCUGACCAAGGCCGCUAAAAGUUCGCAUUAG